AAUUAAAAUGGCGGUAUUUUAUGGCCUGGAAAAGAAAAGUGGCGCUCUAAAAGACUAAAACCUCUCAGGUCUACUAAAACCCUAGAAAAUUUGAGAACGCAAAUUCGUUCUCUUCUCUCUGUGGACAACGAGAGCUCCCUUCUUCGAUCCGACUUCAGUGCCCAGGAAGAGCCUGAGUAAGCAAGCAAAAUGAGUCAAGGGAUUAGAGAAUUCACUGCCAUAGUCGAGAGGGAUGGUGUUCACCAACCAGUUCUGGAUGCACAGAAUGGCGAGGAGCUGAUGCAUGUCCAGCCUGGAGUUUCUAUUGUCCUUGGUAGUCACCCUCCUGAGUCCCCUGGCACUCUCUAUAUCUCCACCAAGCAAGUGGUUUGGUUGAGUGAUACCAACAGGACCAAAGGUUAUGCGGUGGACUUCCUGUCUAUAUCACUGCAUGCUGUCUCCAGGGACCCAGAGGCGUACACGUCUCCUUGCAUAUAUGCUCAGAUUGAAACUGGAGCUGAUGAAGAUGAGUCGGAGGGCUCAGAUGAAGAAUGCAAUGGUGUUUUGGUUCUGUCCAAGAUCACUGAAAUGAGGCUUGUCCCUUCCGAUCCUAAUCAAUUGGAUUCUUUGUUUGAUGUAUUCUGUGAGUGUGCUGAGCUAAAUCCUGAACCAAUUGAAGACAAUGAAGAAGAAGAGCAUAAUUGGAUUUUCAGUGCUGACCAGUUGGAAGAUGAGGCAACAGGAGAUGAUUCUGAGCCUUCAAUUGCAAUUGGGCAAUCUAAUGGGGAUCAUGACCUAGCUCGUACUGUGCUUGAGCUUCAGAUCAAUGACCAACGCUUUGAGGAUGCAGAAGAGAUGGAGCAUGAGGCUGACAGUGCACGACACUGAGUUUCUUCCUCCUAUCAACAUACCAUCUUCAAAGUUCAAACCUUUAACCCGGUCAAUUAUGCCUAUGCCCAGGAGUCUUGCUGUAUAUGUGAAGAGAUCGUAACUUGUUGUCUUGUCGAAGUACUGGCCUCUAUGUAUUUGGUUUAUAGAAUCUCUGGGAAAAUUUUACCAAAGGAUUCCUUUGAUAAUGUUGCAGAUUGUUUCUGGAUUAUUAUAAACCCAAUUUCCGACAGUGUGUUAGCGUUCU